CCCAAUUAUAGUCAUCUCUCUUUUGUAUCUGGACUUCAUAAUAAUGCGAACCCCGGCUAGCGGCAGACAGCAGGCGUUGAAGCGCAAGCGAGUGGUAACCUCUUGUUCGGAAUGUUAUCGCAGAAAGCAAAGGUGUGAUCGUAAAAGCCCAUGCAAUAACUGCUUAGCGCGCAAUAUUCCAAAUAAAUGCAUAUUCAAUACUUUGCUGCCGUAAGUCGAUUUCGGUGUCUGUCUGUCUACAAUCAACUCUCCCUUGC